CUCCGCUGUUCCGCACACAUUUUUAGGGCUGUGUUUAUCAGUCACCAUUGUAACACCUCUCUCUCUCUCAUCAUACUUUCUUUCCUCCAAAAAUCCGUCAUUGAUCGUAACUUCUCGUCAUCAUGACUAUGGUCACUCCACAGCCACAGCUAGAUCAAGAGGACGAAGAGAUGCUCGUGCCGCAUACGGAGGGGAUUCGUCCGGUUCAAGGUCCUGUUGCUUUUGACGGCACUCCGCCGAUUGAACUACCUCAGCCUAUGGAAGUUAUGAGUCAAGCUGAAGGGGCUAGCACAGGAGAUAAUCAAGCAAACGAGGAACCUCAGACAUCUAGGUUUACAUGGACUAUCGAGAAUUUCUCUUGCCAAAUCAAUAAAAAGCUCUAUUCUGAUCCCUUUGUGGUCGGUGGAUAUAAAUGGCGUGUGCUUAUAUUUCCAAAGGGAAACAAUGUGGACCAUUUGUCUAUGUAUCUAGAUGUGGCUGAUUCGCCAUCCUUGCAAUAUGGUUGGAGUAGAUAUGCACAAUUCAGUUUGGCUGUUGUUAAUCAAUUGCACAAUAAGUUCACUAUAAAGAAAGACACACAGCACCAGUUCAACGCAAGGGAGAGUGACUGGGGGUUCACAUCUUUCAUGGCUCUUAGUGAGCUAUAUGACCCAAGUAAAGGGUAUCUUGUGAAUGAUACAUGCAUUAUUGAAGCUGAUGUUGCUGUCCGGAAAGUGAUCGACUAUUGGACGUAUGACUCAAAGAAGGAGACUGGUUAUGUUGGUCUUAAGAACCAAGGAGCAACAUGUUACAUGAAUUCCCUUCUUCAAACCUUGUACCAUAUCCCUUACUUCAGAAAGGCCGUCUACCAUAUGCCGACAACAGAAAAUGAUAUGCCAUCUGGGAGUAUUCCUUUGGCUCUUCAGCGCUUAUUUUAUAAGCUCCAAUACCAUGAAACAAGUGUUGCAACAAAAGAACUUACAAAAUCUUUUGGAUGGGACACAUAUGAUUCUUUCAUGCAGCAUGAUGUCCAAGAACUUAAUAGGGUCUUGUGUGAGAAACUUGAAGACAAGAUGAAGGGAACAGUUGUAGAAGGGACAAUUCAGAAGUUGUUUGAAGGACACCAUAUGAAUUACAUUGAAUGCAUGAAUGUGGACUUCAAGUCGACAAGAAAAGAGUCAUUUUAUGAUCUUCAACUUGAUGUUAAAGGCUGUCAGGAUGUUUAUGCUUCAUUUGACAAAUAUGUUGAAGUGGAACAGUUGGAGGGGGACAAUAAAUACCAAGCUGAAGAACAUGGAUUACAGGAUGCUAAGAAAGGAGUGCUAUUUAUUGAUUUCCCACCUGUUCUUCAACUUCAGCUAAAGCGUUUCGAGUAUGAUUUCACUAGAGAUACAAUGGUAAAGAUAAACGAUCGUUAUGAAUUUCCGCUGGAGCUCGACCUUGACAGGGAUGACAGAAAAUAUCUAUCUCCUGAUGCUGAUAAGAGUGUCCGAAAUCUUUAUACACUUCACAGUGUAUUGGUUCAUAGUGGCGGUGUGCAUGGUGGACACUAUUAUGCAUAUAUCAGGCCCACUCUGUCAGAUCAAUGGUUCAAGUUUGAUGACGAAAGAGUUACUAAAGAAGAUAUGAAGAAGGCAUUAGAAGAACAGUAUGGUGGCGAGGAAGAGCUACCCCAGACAAAUCCUGGCUACAAUAAUUCUCCAUUUAAAUUUACAAAGUACUCAAACGCCUACAUGCUUGUCUACAUACGCGAAAGUGACAAAGAGAAGAUUAUUUGUAACGUUGAUGAGAAAGAUAUUGCAGAACAUCUUAGGACAAGGUUAAAAAAAGAACAAGAAGAUAAGGAAGACAAAAGAAGAUAUAAAGCGCAGGCUCAUCUCUACACUAUUAUUAAGGUUGCCCGUGAUGGUGACCUGUUAGACCAGAUAGGGAAAGAUAUACAUUUUGAUCUUGUCGACCAUGACAAAGUUCGUAGCUUUCGUAUACAGAAGCAAACCCCUUUUAAUGUUUUCAAGGAGGAGGUGGCUAAAGAAUUUGGUGUGCCUGUUCAAUUUCAACGAUUCUGGAUUUGGGCAAAGAGGCAGAACCACACUUACCGUCCCAACCGGCCUUUAACGCCCCUGGAGGAAGCACAAUCGGUUGGACAUUUGAGAGAAGUUUCCACUAAGACUCACAAUGCUGAACUGAAAUUGUUCUUAGAGAUAGAGAUAGGACCGGAUUUGCUACCUCUUCCACUACCCGACAAAAGCAAAGAAGAUAUACUUCUUUUCUUCAAGCUUUAUGAUCCAGAGAAGGAAGAACUACGGUUUGUUGGUAGAUUUUUUGUUAAGAGUUCUGGUAAACCAGCUGAAAUAAUUUCAAAAUUAAAUGAAAGAGCCGACUUUAGUCCUGAUGAAGAAAUUGAACUAUAUGAGGAAAUAAAAUUUGAGCCACAUGUCAUGUGUGAGCGUCUUGAUAAGCGAAGUUCAUUCAGAUCUAGCCAGAUUGAAGAUGGAGACAUAAUCUGCUUUCAGAAACUCCCUCAGGCCAAGGACGAGGAGAAGUACCGUUACCCCGAUGUCCCUUCAUAUCUAGAAUAUGUGAAAAAUCGUCAGAUAGUUAAUUUUCGAUCUCUGGAGAGACCUAAAGAGGAUGAUUUCUAUCUGGAAUUGUCAAAGUUGCAUACAUAUGAUGAUGUGGUGGAGCGAGUUGCUCAGAAACUUAAUCUGGAUGAUCCUUCGAAAAUCAGACUUACUUCUCACAACUGCUAUUCUCAACAGCCCAAACCACACCACAUUAAAUAUCGGGUUGCAGAACAUCUGCUAGACAUGUUAGCUCAUUACAAUCAGGUUUCUGAUAUUCUGUAUUACGAAGUAUUAGACAUCCCUCUUCCGGAGUUGCAAUGUCUGAAAACUUUGAAGGUUGCUUUUCACCAUGCUACCAAAGAAGAGCCUACAGUUCACAAUAUUAGGAUGCCUAAGCAGAGCACUGUUGGAGAUGUUCUUGAAGAAAUAAAGAAAAGGGUUGAUCUAUCUCAUCCAAAUGCUGAACUUAGACUGCUUGAAGUAUUCUAUCACAAAAUUUACAAGAUCUUUCCACUGACCGAGAAAAUCGAGAAUAUUAAUGAUCAAUACUGGACAUUACGCGCUGAGGAAAUUCCAGAAGAAGAGAAGAACCUGGGACCCCAAGACCGUCUAAUUCAUGUUUAUCAUUUCACCAAAGAGGCUGCACAGAACCAAAUGCAAGUGCAAAACUUUGGGGAGCCUUUCUUUUUGAUAAUUCAUGAAAACGAAACUUUGGCUGAUGUUAAACUCCGUAUUAAAAGAAAAUUGGAAGUUCCCGAGGAGGAUUUUUCUAAGUGGAAGUUUGCCUUCUUAUCUUUGGGACGUCCGGAGUAUCUACAAGAUACAGAUGUUGUAUCUAGUCGUUUUCAGAGAAGAGAUGUUUACGGUGCUUGGGAGCAGUACCUAGGGUUGGAACAUUCAGACACCACCCCUAAAAGGCCCUUUACAACAAAUCAGAACCGGCAUACAUUUGAGAAACCAGUCAAAAUAUACAACUAAGAGAGCACUAUGAAUGAUGUGCAUGUAAAGCAAUCGAAGUUGUCGACAAUGAUUUUUUGUUUCUCUAAGGAUAUUUACAUGGAUUCCAUUGUUGGUUUUGUUUGUUGGUGCUAUUCUUUUUGGAUUUGGGGUCAGGGAAUGAAAAUUGUGCCAUAUAGUGCGGUGGACCUUAUAUAGUCUGCCAUUUUCUUUGGUUCCCUGUGUAAUUUAACAGUACAUAGGAGGAAGAUUUGUUGGAUGAGUGUACAAGCUAUAAGCUGGGGGCGAGCCGUUCCUUUAUUUUGCCACAUGGAGGAGAUGAUUGUCUAGAAUGCUUGGAGGACAUAGAUUUUGUGUAAAAAGUUAAACAUUGUACUGCUCUCAGUUUUACAUCUAUUUGAUAGGCCUUAUAUUAAAAGUUAAGUGUAUUACCAUAUAGCCUUUAGGUGUAGCAAAAGGCAAGAUAAUGUUUGUCCCCUGGGCUUAUAGCAUUUGUUGUUGGGAUAUGAAUGGGUGAAUGCAAUUUUGCUUUCCGAUUGCAACCAUGUUCAAAACAAGCGUGGUUGCAUCUCGGGCUUCGAAUUACAUAUAUGGCUAUCUAAUAUAUGCGCUUAAGGUAUAAAACUGUGGUUUUACAUGUA